AAGGGUGGUCCCGCCUUCGGACCAUGCCGAAGCGUCGUCAAGAAUUCCCAAAUCCGUUAUUCCGACGCUGGCUGGAAGAGUGGCGUGAUCAGGCCGCCGAGCGCGGGCGCUUUAGGCUCCAACGGGCUUAUGAAAGGGCGCUGAGCUCUCUCCACAAGUAUCCGCUCCCUCUGCGCAGCGGGCGUGAGGCCCGGAUUCUGCAGUACUUUGGGGAGCACAUUUGUCGCCAGUUAGAUGAGCAACUGGAGAAGCAUCGCUUCACACAGGAGGAUCUGGCGGCCCCAACUGCCUCCUGGAGUGGACAAGAAGAUGGUGACCCUCCCGGCAGCAAAGGCGCACCUGGCAGUGACAUCCCAGUACUUCUGCCUGUCCCGUCUUCUACCAAGCCAGACCAGCCUCAAGAACAGCACUUAAAGAAAACUAAGCCUGCAUCACACCGACGUGCUCGCAGAUACUUCCCUGCUCAGCGGUCUGGGGCCUAUGCUGUGUUGGUGGCUCUCUACCAGGAUAGCAUUAGACCUCACACUCGUGGAUAUCUGACAAAGCCGGAGCUGCAGCGAGCGGCCCAGCCACUGUGCGAUAAAUCGUUCUUUCCGGCCGGUCCUGGGAGUAAGGCCACUGCCUGGUCCGCAGUCAGCACUUUGAUUUGCAAGGAGCUAGUCCUCAAGACCAAUAUCCCGGCUAGGUAUUCUCUAACAGAGACGGGGCUAGUCUUGGGCAAGGAGUUGCUAGCUUUGGGAAAGGCGCCUCUUUCGCAAGAUGAUGACCUCAGACUCCCAGCUGCUGGAACGGAAGAGCUCUUGGUGGAUUCGGAGGGCGAUGACGUGCAGCGCUCAGACCAAGACGCCUCUCCUGAGGAGCCAAGACCAGAGGCAUUUAAGCCCCUGUUUACCUUCCACCCAGGACAGUUUGACGUGAUUCUGUGUGUGGAUUUCAUUGAAACCACAGGGGGCCCCACAUCCCGCAAACAAGACUUCGUGAAUGAACUCGAGCGAAACGGUGUGCCUUUCAGCAUUCGGAAGCUUCAUAUUGGAGAUUUCCUCUGGGUUGCCAGGGAGAGGCACUCUCCAGUUGCAGGGCAGCUACAACCGCUUACAGCUCGGGAGCUGGUGCUGGACUAUGUGGUGGAACGGAAACGGAUGCCUGAUUUGUGUAGCAGCAUCAUGGACGGGCGUUUUCGUGAGCAGAAGUUCCGUCUGCGACAGUGCGGCAUUUCCCACCCCAUCUACCUGGUUGAAGACUCAGGCUCUGUGCAGCACCUCAGCCUCCCUGAAAAGACUCUCCAGCAAGCAAUCACCAACACUCAGGUGGUGGAUGGCUUCUUUGUCAAACGCACCCAUGAUAUUCGGGAAUCAGCUGCAUACCUGACUAUUAUGACGCGUCACCUGACUAAGUUGUACGGGGACAAAACUCUUCUGUGUUGUACAAAGGAAGAAUUGGAGCGAGAGUGCCCCCUGCAGCCCAGGAACGACUCCUGCAUGCUCAUGACCUUUGCUGAAUUUAACGAGGGAGCCAUGAAGAACAAGCCCCAGACAGUGAACGAGGUCUUUGCUCGGCAGCUCAUGCAGAUCAGUGGCAUCAGUGGAGAGAAAGCAGCUGCCAUCCUGGAGCGGUACAAGACACCAGCCAGCCUUCUGGCUGCCUAUGCUGCCUGCAAAACUGCAUCGGAGAAAGAGCAGCUGCUCAGCGGCAUCAGAUGCGGCAAGCUGCAGAGGAACUUGGGUCCUGCUCUCAGCAAAACCUUGGCGCAGUUGUACUGUACCCCAGGUCCCCUGCCUUGAACCCCUGGGAAGGGUGUGAAUGGAGACAGUCCCCAUCUUCUCUCCGCAAUGUACGAGCUGGGUCAAAAUGACCAAAAUUGCUCCAGUGGUCAGCAACGAACUCAAGUCCAGCCCAAGCCAACAUGACAAACUCAAGUGCUUGGGGGAGCAGUAGUUGGGUGGCUGGUCUGUUGGCACACGGUGCAUUGUGGGCUCUUACUAGGCACUUCUUUGCUACAGGUUCACAAGGGGGCCAGAUGAGGAAAGAGCUUCUGUUGAGACACUUUAGCGCUAAAUUAUAUCUUCCCCGAAGAACCAUACCUUCCCCUGACCCCU